GCAUUAAAUUGAAACACCAACGGUAGUUGAACUUCGGAAAAACGCACAUCGUUGUCUUGUCUCGGUGCUGCUUUUCCCAAAACCAGUGGUGCACGCAGACCCUCUCUCUCUCUCUCUCUCGCAGUUCAAUGAUUCAUCAAUCAUUCACGACUUCAUCAAAACCAUAGACAAAGAAGUUUGGAUUCUCUUCUCUCGGGUGUCACAAAUGAUGGACUUGCAAUUGGUGAAAACGGGUUUCCAUUUCGCUUCUAAAAGAAGGAAGUUGGUUCUUCUUCUCUCUGCUUUUGGCUUCACCGGUUACAGUCUCUACACGGUUUAUCAUCUGCCUUCGGUUGCGCAUAAGAGGGAAAGAAUUUCGAAGCUUUUCACGGCUUUUGUUUCCGUAGCCGAAGCCGUCUCCGCCUCCGCCGAGUCAAUCGGGGUCGUCUCUGAAGAUUUGAAACAGUUUCUGCAAUCCGAUUCCGACAAAGUUCCCAACAGUUUGAAGCAGAUAUCGAAGAUCGCGAGCUCCGAUGACUUCUCCCGGUCUUUGACAAGGCUCACGCAGGCUUUAACUGUCGGAAUUUUACGGGGUUAUCGAUCUGCCGGCGUCUCUGUCGCCGGUGGUGAUAAUUGUGCCAAUUCUUCUAGUUUCACCGAUCAGGCCAUGGACAAGCUUUUUUCCACUGCUGGGUCUGGUUUUGCUUCCGCUGUUGUGGGAAGCUUCGCUAGGAACUUGGUCAUGGCGUUUUAUUCAAACAAUUCGACGAAUUUUGAGCAUGUUGAUCCCGAAACAAAUGAUAUUCCUCAAUGGGUCAACAUGAUCUUCGGGGAUAAGUGCAGGGAGCUCAUCGCUGAUUGUAUCCAAUUGUUUGUCAGCACGGCCGUUGCUGUUUAUCUUGACAAGACCAUGAACAUCAACUUCUAUGAUGAUUUGUUAUCUGGGUUGACCAACCCCAAGCAUGAAAUGAAAGCGAGGGAAAUGUUGGUGUCGGUUUGUAAUGGUGCAGUUGAAACUCUUGUAAAAACCUGUUAUGAUUCCGGCAUGAAUUCCAGUCCAGGUCCCACCGGAAAAGGCUCAACUCCGGCUAAAAUUGAGGACGAUUGUCUCAAACCAAGUGAGAAGAAAGACAGAGGGUGGGUUGAUGGAGUUUCAUCCACUUUGGCAGUGCCAAGCAACAAGCGAUUUGUUCUUGAUGUGACCGGGAGGGUUACUUUUGAGACGGUGAGAUCAUUCCUGGAGCUUCUGUUGGAGAAGCUGUAUGAAGGUUUGAAGAGAUGUCUUCAAAUUGUUCAUGAGGCAGUCGUUGAUGGGGGUGUUGAAGUUGUGAGAUUUGCCACCGCCAAGUCCUCUGUUGCAGCCACUCUCUGCCUCUCUUUGUGCCUGCACAUACUGGAAGGUCCUUGGAUUUUAGUACCAGCUUAAUUAAGUUGCUUCACUAUUUCUCUAUUGUGCAACUUCAUGUGAUUGGUUUACCAAAUAUUCUUUCACGCGGCUGCUUCUUUAAAGGAUAUUGCAGUUAUGCGUGCGAUUUCUUCGUGUAUCUCAAUUAAACUAUAAAUGUGUAAUUACAAUCACAAUUCAUGUUUU